AUGCUAAGUAAUCUGAAAACAAUUGAUUCACAAUAUGAGCGCAUUUUGGCAAAAGUGAGACCAGAUUUGGUGGUCAUCGACGCCUAUAUCGGGUCGCCUGCACUCAUCAAGUCUGGCCUUCCCUUUAUUGUCAUCUACUCGGCCGCACCCCUUAUACUCUUUAAUUGCGAUAAUUUACCACCACCCUGGUCAGGUUUUGCGAUAGAUUCAGAUAAAUCUGAGUGGAAACCAUUCAAAGAACGCUUUGAGUCCCUAUUUGUAGACGUCAAACACGAUACCAAUCAGUGGUUUAUCAGUCAAGGGCUACCAUCCCUGUCCACCAAAUCCAAUACUAUACUACACCCGGAGUCCAAAUACCUCAACAUCUAUAUGUAUCCCAAGGAACUGGAUUACAAUGAAUGGCAACCACUGCCGCAUAACUGGAAACGAGUGGAUGGGUUC